AUGGCCGGUCCUCAACCUCCGUUUAAUUCUGAAUCACAAGAUUCUCCUGGUCUUGAAAGUGAGAUGGAUCCAAAGCCUGACUAUGGUUACACAUCGUACAAUGGCUCUGGGAAACUUGAAGGCAAGGUGGCCAUUAUUACAGGUGGUGAUAGUGGAAUUGGUCGUGCAGUUGCCUUAGCAUUUGCUCGUGAAGGUGCUUCGAUUGUCAUCUCGUUUUUGAAUGAAACUGAAGAUGCCGAAGAAAUUCAAAAAGUCAUUCAAAACGAAGGACAUGAUUGUAUAUUGAUUCCCGGUGAUAUCAGUGAAGAGGCUCAAUGUCAAAGGAUCAUCAAUGAAACAGUCACUCGAUUCAAACGUAUCGAUAUUCUUGUUAAUAAUGCAGCUUAUCAAGGCAAACAAGUCGAUGAUUCGGUCGAAGGUAUGACUCAUGAUCGAGUCUUGUACACAUUCAAAACGAAUAUUAUUGCCAUGUUCGAUCUUGCUCGUUAUGCCAUUCCUUACAUGCCUAAAGGUUCAUCCAUCAUUAAUGUUGGCUCUGUUCAAGCUUAUAAUCCAUCGGCAGAAAUUCUUGAUUAUGCUACUACCAAGGCUGCAAUUGUUGGUUUCACGAAAGGUCUUGCUGCAAAAAUGCUUGAAAAAGGCAUUCGAGUAAAUUGCGUCGCUCCUGGACCUGUUUGGACUCCACUCAUUGUUUCAAGCUUUCCAAAAGAAAAAAUUGCACAAUUUGGAGCGAAUUCUCCAAUGAAGCGUCCAGCACAACCUCGAGAAUUAGCAUCGGCAUUCGUAUAUCUCGCAUCUGGCAGGGAUUCUUCGUAUGUCUCAGGUGAAAUACUCGCCGUCACAGGUGGUCAUAUAACAGCUUAA